UCCAGCAAAAGCCGGCCGAUCGGCAGGGAUGCCUUCACCUCCCUUCCAGACCGGUGGCCAGUCCCUACCCCCAUAAUAAGAGAUCAGCGACUGGGGGUGCUGACACUCCCAGAGGUUCUUCCGUCCGUCGUCUUUCCGAAGUGUCACCCCCUGCGAUGGCGCGAGUCUGCCAACGCGCCCCGAGCCUGUCACACGCCCAGGGGCUGGACCAGUCCCAUCCCCCUCCGGACCCUUCCACCCCGCUUCCCGGAGCCCCCCGCCUUCCGUUUGCUCCCGGGGGUCGACGGUCACCGCGGGAGGAGGCAGACUGACCCAUGGAGCUGAGCAGCGGGCCAGGUGCUGACGUGAAAGACAUGCGACUGGAGGCCGAGGCCGUGGUCAGCGAUGUCCUCUUCGCCGUCAACAGCAUGCGGGUCUCCAGGAGCUUGCGCUGCGCGGAUGAUGUGGCCUACAUCAACGUGGAGACCCGGGAGGGGAGCAGAUACUGCCUGGAGCUCACCGAGGCAGGGCUCAGGGUGGUGGGUUACGCCUUUGACCAGGUGGACGACGACAUUCAGACGCCCUACCAUGAGACCGUCUACUCUUUGCUGGACACGCUCAGCCCUGCCUACCGGGAAGCGUUCGGAAAUGCCCUCCUGCAGAGGCUGGAAGCACUGCAGCAGGAUGGCCGGUCCUGACCAAGCUGCCCCUGGGGGUUAGCGGGGGCACAGCUGUUGGUCUGGGAUCCCCGCUUGAGUUCUGAGCAGAAAGACCCCUCCCCUCCGUCCUGCCUUCAUCACUCCUUGAUUCAGCGUAGGCUUCUGCCCCAGCAGUGCUGGUAGCCGGUUCUCCUGGCUACCGUCUGGCUCCCAAAGGGGAGCCCCUCACCGCGAUGGCAUCAGUCCCUGCCCUGUGCCUCUGCCCACCACACCUCCUCAGUGUUUCCUUCUCGGCCGCCACUGCCUCUUCCAUGGGGACACCAAGGUUUGCACAGGAACAAGCCUGACCCUCGCGACACCAGGCUGGGGUUCAGCCUGCUCCUUCGGGGGCUUGCUUCCAGCUUGGACUGAGUUUGAAUCCUUGUUUCACGGCUGGCAUUCCUGGAAUUGUCGUCAGCUAGUCUCCCCUUCACAGGGGUGGGAAAUCCACCAGGCUGCCGACAUCAGUGCUUUGUUAAUAGUGUGUGGGUAGGGCUGAAUUUGGUGGAAGGCAGGGCCUGCACAGCCCCGUGUCCCAGGCCGGCAGCAGCCAGAGGGUCACUGGCCCAGCAGAGGACAGACCGUUGGCAAAUGAAUGUACCGAUGACUUGUCUCUAGUCCUAAGCACAGACCAGACUCCUGUCUCUCGGACCGCAGCGUCCCCAGCAGCAUGGGGUCGGAGGAGGUGGAUCCCAGCCUUUGGCCUGCGUGGAUUCUCACUCCGAGUGUUUGUUUACACGUGUACAGGACAGCUCGGCCAGAAAGUAUUUUUGCUUCCAUGUCUCCUUUCUGUACCGUGCACCCCCUCCCCCCGCAGAGUCACCGGACCGAAACGCCCAAGCGCAUGGCCGAGGUCCCAAACCAAAGGAAGAGUGAAGCGCCCGGAGGCUCAUGCCUGACACAUGGAAGUCCGCAUUUCAUACUUUACUACCAGUCCCGUGUUUGGGCCCCUGCCUAGACAAGCGCCCAAGGGUAACAACAGUGGACUCUGCUUUCCCCAGAGGGCCUGGGACCAGAUCCUGCCCUGGCCACCCUCCCCUCUCACUGACAGAUGUGCCCCAUCUGUCACAAGUAAAGACUUGGGACCUGUGGGCUUGAAGACCUUACCCCUGAGAGCAGACGGUCCCAACUGCAGCUGCUUCCUGGUCCAAGGCCCCCGGAUGCUUUCAUCACAUUCCACUGCCCACUUGACCUUCAUGAGCGGCCUAACUGCCCCGGACAUGACAUCUGACUUCAGGUUGAACUUUCUCACGCUUAAACUCAGGCUAAUUGUAAGGGAGAUUUGUAAGGUUUGAAUAAAAUCAGUUUUUCCUAUUUUGAGUUCCAUAUGGCGAAAAGUGAUUGUAUGUUUAAAAAUGGAAACAGUUCAUUUUUUGAUAAACAAUUGAUCCCACCA